UCCAUUCUAUUAUCGCCCCCAAAUCAUCUUCAUCUUCGUCAGUUCGUCUAACCCCAAUCCAGUUCGAAAAAUUGUCGACAAUAUUUUUUUUUCUUUUUCAUUGAUUUCAGAUUCCCAAUUCUUUCAUCGUCCCCAAAUCGGCACAAUCUAAACCCAAAGUAACGAACAGAAGAGGAAGUACAGGGAUCUGUGUCCUUAUUAUAGGAGCUGCUCAAGGUCCUAUUCGCUGGGGAUCAUAUUAGCAAAUUCUCUAACCUAACUCUAUCAGAUUCAACUUCAGCGCAUUCUGGGACAGUUUUGCAUUCUAACUGGAUAUUGGUUCCUCUAAAGACUUGAGUGUAUCCAGACAAAAGAGAAGUCAUAUUACAUUCCUUCAAUGGUAUCUGACAAUGCCUCGAGGAAGACAUCAUGUGAAAGUUGGGCACUUAUUGAUGCUUCAGGAGGGAAACCAGGCCUCCAAAAUCCCAAGACUUAUUGACUAGACAUAUAUCCCCUUAAUUUGUCUGUCUAUUAGGCUACUCCCGUGAAAGUCUGUAUUGGUGAACCGAUUGCAAGUUGCAACUUUUGAUGUUACAGAUUAAGGUACAAUUGAAGUGCAGAAACGAAGAUACGUUAUUGGAGGUUAAUUGGCAGGGUCAUCGCACAUGCGUCUUUGCUAGUCUUGAUCCCUCCAACAUAAAAGAAAUAUGGCGAGUGAUGGUUCGACUUCUUCACAAUUCACGUAUUCAAAUGGUUCAUAUUUCCCUCUUCCUUUUCAUCUUCAACAGUAGCAACAACAACAACCUGAUCCAAUGGCUGCCUAUCAAUACCCUAAUUCACAUAUCCCUCCAACACCUACUUAUCAAAUCCCUGCUCCGGCACCAUCUAAAAUUCUAAUGCCUCCACCUAUGCAUCCUUCUGUUUAUGCUACUCCUGCCCCAGCAACCACUGGUUAUACUUUGCCACAAUAUCAACAGGCUCAACAAUUGUUCCAGAGAGAUGCACUGUCAAUUACACCAGAAGCACUAGAAAGUGUAAAAGCUGCAUUAGCAAGCAGUGAAAUUGAACACAAAGCAGAGACGAAAAAGAGAGCAAUUCCUCGUAAAGCUGCUGGACAGACUUGGGAGGAUCCAACACUUGCUGAGUGGCCAGAAAAUGAUUAUCGCUUAUUUUGUGGGGAUCUCGGGAAUGAAGUGAAUGAUGAGGUGCUUUCGAAAGCCUUUACAAGAUUUCCUACCUUUAACAUGGCAAGAGUUGUCAGAGAUAAGAGGACCGGAAAGACUCGUGGUUUUGGAUUUGUUAGUUUUGGCAAUCCUUUAGACCUUGCCGCUGCCUUGAAAGAAAUGAAUGGCAAGUAUGUCGGAAAUCGUCCUAUAAAAUUGCGGAAGAGCAGCUGGAAGGAGAGGACAGAUAUGGAGGCCUUGGAAAAACAGAAGCACCAAUCUUACAAGAAGCAAAAGCAAUCAAAGAAGAGUGUCCUACACAAGUGAAUCUGCAACAAGUAGACCACUGUUUCAAACUUCCUCUUCAAUUUUCUUGAAGCUCUUUUGUUCCUAUCGCAUUAUGUAUCCCGUUUUGAACAUUAAUCCCACAUGGGACUAACAUGAUUAACGUGUAUAUUGUAAGGUUUACAGUAACCCGAGUUUAAUUCUACUGGUACCCAGAUAGGUGGGGCAUUUUCUACACAUAAGAAGAACAGUAGUUAUUUGACA